AUGUCCCAGCUUCGUCGGUCUCGACCCACAUUCCGCACCACACUCUCGAUCUCUUGCGCCAUCCUUCCUCUACUUGGCGUGUACGAGUGCGCUGCAGACCAUGACUUUACUGGACGCCUUCUCCGCCCCACACCUCACCCCUUCUUCCUCCCCCGAACUUUGGGUACUCGCAACAUAGCCCAUUUGCGCAACGUAAAAAGUCCACCCGACCGAUCGACCGACCGACCGACCAAACUCGCGGCGCAACUCAAUUUCCCCAACCCCCGGCGCCUGCACCUUCACUCAACCCACCCAAUUCUGCCUCCUGACAAUUCCGCCCUACUCAAUUCGGUUCUUUUGCCACCCUCUGCCAGUUCGGCUCCUUCCUCGCUCAAUCCAGUUCUUGCGCCCGCACAAACCCAACUCCCCGCCCCGCCUCGAGGUCGCCCACGCACAAGAAAUGACAAAAGUUUCAAAAACGAAUACAAUUCAUACACACAUACUAUUCGUACAUUUUUCCCAACUCCCGACUUAUCCUCCGUCACAAGACGUGCAAAACGACACAUCGUACGCAGGACACUGGCAUCAAGAAUUCGUGACUAA